AUGAAAAGUGAUCUGAACAGGAAUUAUUCAGAGUUGACGGAGUUUAUUCUUCUGGGAUUCAGAACAUCUCCAGAAAUACAGACUCUUUUAUUUGUACUGUUCUUCCUUAUCUACAUGGUCAUUGUGGUGGGAAAUGUCACCAUGAUAGUUGUCAUUAAGGUAGAUUCCAGAUUUCAUACGCCUAUGUAUUUCUUCCUCAGAAAUUUGUCCUAUUUAGACCUCUGUUACUCUACAGUCAUUGCUCCCAAAACGCUGGCUAAUUUCUUGUCCAAAGAGAAGAAAAUUUCAUACAAUGGUUGUGCAACACAGUUCUUUUUCUUUGCUCUCUUUGUUGGGACUGAGGGAUUCCUUCUGGCUGUGAUGGCAUAUGAUCGCUUCUCAGCCAUUUGCUCUCCUUUCCUCUAUACCAUACGUAUGUCUCAGCAGGCUUGUGUGUGCUUGGUGGUUGUCUCCUACAUCUGUGGGAGCAUCAAUUCCAUGAUUCAGACAGGUUUUACCUUCAGUUUGCAUUUUUGUGGUGAAAACAGACUGGAUCACUUCUUCUGUGAUGUCCCAGCCCUGAUCAAGAUUUCAUGUGUUGACACCUUUGUGAAUGAGAUUGUGUUAUUUAUCCUCUCUGCUCUCAUUAUCAUCACUACCACAUCAAUCAUUCUAGUUUCCUAUGCUUACAUCCUCUCCACUGUCCUGAAGAUCCCUUCAACCCAUGGCAGAAGUAAGACCUUCUCCACUUGUACCUCUCACAUCACUGUGGUGAGUUUGUUCUACGGGACUGUGUUCUUUAUGUAUGCCCAACCUGGAGCCAUCUCCUCACCAGAGAAAAGCAAGAUUAUAGCAGUCUUCUACACUCUUGUCAUCCCUAUGCUAAAUCCUCUGAUUUAUAGCCUAAGGAACAGAGAAGUGAAAAAUGCUGUAAAAAGGAUAUUGUUAAGGAAAAUGUCUUUUCUUUGA